UGUUGCUUCGAGAAGUAAAUUCAUAAACAAACAAAAAUAAACAUUAAAACAACACCAACAACACUCAUCACCCGUCGAGAAGUAAACAAGCGAUAGUUUAUAAUACAUUUUUACGAGUUUCAAUAUUAUUUCGUGUUUUAAUUUUACAUAAAAUAAUAAAACCGUAUUUCUAAUGCCUUACUGAUCUGAUACAUCCAUUGUAACAUGGAAACCUUCAGUUUGUUAAGCUGCAGAAUGUGCCUUGAAAUUCCUAGCGACGGAUCAUUGACGUUCUCAAUAUCCGACACUUUUAAAGGAAGGAAUCUUGGCGAUUUAAUCGAAAAGCUGUUUAACAUUAAGAUUUCCAAAGACGAUUUCUUGACAAAUGUUUGUGUAGAAUGUAUGAAUCGUAUCAAUACAGUCCGAACAAUCUACCAGAAGUUUGUCCACAGUAAUGAGAAAUUGAAAGAACUUCUGGAAAAGUUCAAUGAAGAUUCGGAAGAAGUCGAAAUACUGGUCAUUGAUGAAGUUCAUCUACUGAAUGAAGAUGCCACGCAAAAGCAAGCCGACGUAGAAGUAGAGAUUAUACCUAUCAAAUCGGAAACGGAAGUCUCAUCCACUAGUGUAGCGGAAGAUUUCCAAGAUGUGAAAAACGAGCAUCAAAUCGAAGUCGAAUUCAUCAACAGUCCGGAGGACAUGGAAGAGGAAUCGUUGGACAAGCCAUCUUCUGCAGAUGUAGUUGAAGAACCGUCGAAUACAAAAUUCAGUCCCAAAAAGUUCAAAUCAGAUAUCCAGAUUCCAAAACACAAAUGUUAUUUUUGUACAACAGUCUUUGAAACGGAACUGGCAUUUACGGAACAUCUACAUUUGCAUUUCGGGGAAGUGCCCUUGGUAUGUAAAAAAUGCAACAACUUGGUGAUCAAAAGUGUUCGCCAGGCUAGCAAACAUUUGGCUCUUCAUGACGAGAACGAACGCCCCCAUAAGUGUCGAAUAUGUGAGUUGCGGUUUUUUACCCGGGAGAACAGCUUGACCCAUGAGCGAAAAAUACACCGGAUGAAAGUAAAGAUGCAACAAAAUACCGAUGGUUAUGCUGAGAGACAGAAGUUGAAAAAGUUCCAGUGUAAAAUUUGUGGAUUGUCAGCUCUUAACAGUCAGCAUCUUAAAAAACACGAAUUAACACAUGGUCCUCUACCUGUUCAUACUUGUGAAGUUUGCAGUAAACAAUUUACUGCUAGAAAAAAUCUGACACGACAUCUGAUGAUCCAUACUGGUGAACUGCCAUACAAAUGCGAAUUGUGUGAUCGUGCUUUUCGACAAGCAGGUGACCUGAAGGACCAUACCAGAAGCCAUACGAAGGAAAAACCUUACAUGUGCAAUGUGUGUGGUGUUCGGUUGCGAAACAUUUCCAUGCUACACGUUCAUAGGAAGAAGUUCCAUGCUUCCGCAACUUAAAUCUACUGAGCCCCAGCAUUCCAUUGCGGUGAGUACCUGAUAUUUUCUUUCUUACAAUACACA